GGCAGAGUCUGAGACUAGGAUCACACUGGGGGGGGGGCAGAGUCUGAGACUAGGAUCACACUGGGGGGGGGGCUCAAUAUAUGUGACUGUAGUAUCACAGUAUAUCACAGUACAUCGUAGUACAUCGUAUCGUUGUAUCGUGAUAAAAUUGUAUCGCCAGAUUCUUGACAAUACACACCCUAAUAUAUGUAUAUACAGUAUAUAUAAAUAUAUAUAAAUAUACAGACGUAUAUAGUAUAUGUAGCUCCAUUUGUAUUACUGCUGUUCAAAUACUGUGUGUUUGAUUGUGGACCAGUUCACUGUCAUUCAUCUGUUGAGCUGUUUUUAUAAAUCAACAAUUUGGAGAAGUUGAACUUUGACCAUUGGUUAUCAAACAACCGAAGAACUGCACGGUCAGCAACACUGGAGCUCUGAGCUACUGUAAACAACAACAACAAACAAAACAACAACAGUUUAAAUCAAUGAGUCAAAUGUUUUUCUUCUUCUUUGUUUCACUGAAAAAAUACAAAUAAAAACCUCUGUGUUGAUUAAAGUCUGUUGAUUUACUUAGACUACUGCAGUACUGCAGUUCAGUAGUACUGUAGAUCAGUAGUACUGUAGUACACCGUUUUCAGAGAUGAUGAAAUCAAUCUAAAAAUCUACAGGACAAUGGUUACGGUUGUGUUGUGUUCAAGUUCAUCGGUUUUUUUUAAUUCCUUCCUUAGUCUUUUUAAUAGCUCUUGGUGGUUGUUGUAGCGCCGCCAAAUUGUCAUUUGUAGUUGUGGAUUUGUGGAUUUUUGUAAAAAACAAAAACAAAAACAUAUGUUAAUGUGACAGUAAUAUUUGGACUUAAAGUGACGUCAUCCGAGGAGAAAACUUUUCUCUUAAACUAACGACGGCUGCCUGUCAAUCACAGCGACGUGUUUAAAGAGCCGCGGUCACGUGCAUCACUUUAAGUGUGUGUUUUCAGCCUAAAGCUCCUCAGUCUGGGUCGUCACUCACGACAGUGACGUCAGAGCGAGCUGUCACUCAAACUUCAAUCCACUCUCCCCACGGAGCAGCAGCAGCUGAACGUCGUGCGUCAUGUUCCACACUCCGGUCCGGAAAUACAUCCCGACUCGCUGCUCGGUCACAGACGGGGUUCCGUUGACAGUGCAGCCGGUUCACGUCCACAGAGCCGCGGUGUCGAGCUACGACUCUAUGGAGGCCACGCUACCGGAGACCAAGAUGCGGCUCUCCAAAGCCAACAAGGGCGCUGCCGUGGUGCGCGCGGUGCGCAGACACCCGUCUCCUCAGCCCGUCAGUCUGGAGAGUCUGGAGGAGGCCUGGAGCCGGGCGGAGGUGCGGGCCGGUCCAGAGCAACAGAGACUCGGGGCAGAUUCUCCAAGGAGCGCCCAGGUCGGGGGAGCAGGUGAAGGAGGAGGAGGAGGCGCACCGAGGAGCAGGAGGAGAGGAUUCAGACCUCCCGAUGUCAGGACCAUCUUCUCUCCUUCAGACCGAGACCCGCGGGUGAAGCAGGAAUCAGGAGAAGGUCACAGUUUUCAGACCGGAAGAGGAAACUCCUGGUGUGACGUCUGCUGCGAUUACAUCUUGCAGGGGGGGUUGACGUGUACAGGUUGUAAAUACACGUGUCACUCUCUGUGUCGAAGCCGAGUCUCACUGGACUGUACCGGUUCAGCCUUCGGUCCGGACCAGGUGAACAACAACAGCACCAACGACCAGCCUGUGGUCCAGGAGUCCAGAAUAGAGCUGAGCAGAGAAGAAAUCAAACUGAAGAUCCAACACUACAAUGCACUGACCACGGAUCACCUCAAGAUGACGCUGGGUCCGUCUGGGGUCUACACUGGUUUUAUCAAGGUGCAGAUGGACCUCAGAAGACCAGUGACAGUGAGAGGAGGACGAGGAGGAGGAGGAGGAGGAGGAGGAAGAGGAGGAGGAGCAAAGAUGGAGGAGGCGUUUUUCUUACCACGAGGAGCCAUCAAGACUCUGCACAUCAGCUCCAACAACACUGUGGCCCAGGUGAUCGUGGCUCUGUUGAACAAGUUCACUGUUGCAGAUAAUCCAGCAAAAUACGGUCUUUACAAACACUACAGGAGAGAGGAGCAGGUGUACGUGUGUAAACUGUCCGACCUGGAGCAGCCGUUGUUCCUCCGUCUGAUGUCUGGUCCAGAUCCUGGUUCUCUGAACUUCGUCCUGAAGGAGCAGCCGACCGGAGACGUUCUGUGGGAGGCCUUCUCCAUCCCAGAGCUGCAGAACUUCCUGAGGAUUCUGGACAAGGAGGAGGAGGAGCAGAAGGAGGCGCUGAUCCACCGCUACCAAAGCUACAGAAGGAGACUGCAGGAGGCGCUGUGCAGCAGCCGGGCUUCUGCCAACAGAGUUUGAUCUGAAUUUUAUUCUCCUGAAAACCAAAGAUUGACAAAGUUUUGGUCAAAAUCAGCGUUUUUUUAACUUUAUUUAAUUUUUUAACAUCUGUAAAUAUGUUUUUAUUUAUGAUUUUAUGGCUGAUGCUUUAGUUUUAGGCUUUUGAUCAACGGAGGCAGAGAAAACAAAAAAUACUUUCAAUGUUUGUUGAAAAAAAUGUCAGGAGCAGAAAGUUCUAGAACAGACCGACCUGGAACAGACCGACUUGGAACAGACCGACCUGGAACAGACCGACCUGGAACAGACCGACCUGGAACAGACCGACCUGGAACAGAACUAAAGGAAGAGGAGAAACAAACAAAGUGAGAGGAAAUUGCAGCACAUUCUAGUGGUGGGUAUGAGGAAGUGCACAGAAUGGAGAGAAAGUAGAAACAAGAACUGGAGCUGUGUGUGUGUGUGUGUGUGUGUGUGUGUCGGGUAACACUGGGAGAACAUAAAGAAAGUGUAGAACAACAUGAGGCUGAAGAUGCUGACGAAUGGCUGACCCCGUGACCUUGGUGACCUCUGUCUUUACGGCCUUCAAACUUGUCGAAUGGUGAAUCAAGAUGUUAUAAUAAGAAAUUACGUAUUUAUGAAAUUCUAAAACAAACCAAAGAUUUUUUUCUUUUUUUUAUACCUUUUUCAUUAUUUUCGCUGAAAUAAGCUAUAAAAUUAUUGAUGCUUGUUGCAAAACAGUGCCACCUAUGGCACAAUCACUGACACUGCUGAGGAAAAUUGCGUCGACCUCUAAACUGAACACAAACUCAAGGGUUCCUUUUAUAAAAUUCCUGUUCAGAUGGAUCGACUUGUGUUUUGGCCACGGUUCAUAUUUUUCUACCUGAAAGAAAAAAAGCACUGCUGACAUUUAACGUCUGAAACUGUCGUUCACUGUGAAACUGUUAAAAUGAACUGUUGGAGUCAAAACUGUCACGUUUGAAAAAGGGUUUUUUUUAACUGGUGUGAAUAAAAAGUUGAUUAAAAA